AUGGGUGAUGCUGUGCGGAACGGAGCAAUGAAUCGCUCAGGCUACAUGAGUUCAGCACGAAAGGACAAUGCUGAAGAAGUGGCCAAACGGCGGGCAGCUAUACAACAAGAAAUCGAACAGAGGCAAAAAUUGGCAAGAAAAUUGCAAGAUGAAAAAAUGGCUCGAGCUAUCGCUCAGAAAGAAGGGCAUCUGCUGAAACAGCGGAAAGCCCAGCAACAGGAAAUGUUACGAGCAAAAGCGGUUUUGGACCGUCGCACUCAAGCUUUGGCAGAAAAAGAGAAAGAGAAGAAAGAAGCUAUAUUAGCGAAAGUGCAUGCAUUGGCGUCGCGCUUUACAGCGCAGCAUAAAUCACGACCAUUGUAUGCAUUCGGUAGCAGCACGCCUCGGGAAUUGGAAUAUCUGACACAGCUGACUAGGGAGCAAAAGGUCUGUGAUCGCAAACUCAUGCCGUCUGAUCGCAGUUCAACUGCACCAUCUGGUGCGUCUAGCCAUGUAACACUGACUCCACCUUAUGACUCACGUAAUAACAACGGAGCGUCAAUGACAGGAAGCCUAUAUAUUGCUCGAUCGGAAUUAAAAACGCGACAUAAGCGCACAUCAAAUUGCAUGACGCAGUCUAUGAUGGUUACGUCAAGACUAAUCAAGACUACGAAAAUCAAUCAAACACCCAUUCAUCGUCAAUCUGUGGUACAGCGUCCGGUAACUGCUAUUAAGACAGCAUCAUCCAAGGUGACUGAAGUGCCAAUUAGAACGAAAAAGCUUGUUCAACAACAUGUGCCUCCAUUGUACGGGCAGAAAUUUCGGAUGGUGCAAUCUAAACCUUCUGAAACGAAGACUGAUUCUUUCAAAGCUAAAUCUAUGUCUCUGCCAAGAAGAAUACAUAAGUCUGCUGAAUUAAAAACAAAUAAUGAAGUCAGCACUGAAGUUACAUUGGAAAAGUCACCUAGUGAUCUGAUGAGUGAAACACUCAUAAUUUUGGAGAAAAAUGAUAGCAAAGUUCAAAUUGACAUAGCUACUACGGAAAUCAAACAUACCGUGGAUAUAAAAGAAGUCGUAAAUUUAGUUCCUGAUACUAAUGGAACUAAAAAGUUCGAUGUGGAAUGCGUUGUAAUGGAAGUUUUUGACGAGAAAGAGAAGGGGGAAACUGCCGACUAUGCAUCUGAAGUUGUAGAUGAUGAUGUGCGGGACAAUGACGAUGGUAUGGAAAAGAAUGAAAGUGUACUAGAUUAUCCAACAAAAGCCACAACUGCUGAAGAUGCGCCUCUGCUUAACUUUUCAUUAGAAAAAAAUAAUUGUAUGAAUGAGACGAAGACGGAUUCUGCAGCAGUAGUUACAGUGAAUAAUGUAGUUGUUGAUCAAGAAGCAGAAAUGUGUGAGAAGCAAGAAAAGGAAAAUGAUGUUUCGAAGGAAGGCCAAGUAGAAGUGCAAGAUAUGAAAAUAUCAGUAACAAAUUACGAUAAUUUUUCUCUCACAGCGUGUCCAGAUUCAUUGCAAGCUAAAAUCUUUGACAGAGAACAAGAAAAUCUGGAAAGCACAGUAAAGGUAUUCAUUGAGAAGGAAUCAUUGGUUAUAAAUGAAAAACUUCCUAAAAUUGGAGGAGAUAGCAGAGAGGAAGAAGUAGCCAUUCAAAAACCUUGCGAAAUAGCAGAAGAUAAGAAAGAAAGCGAUGUACCUGCCUUUGAAGCAAAUAAAAAUUUUGCUAAGGAACAGAUUAAAUCAUUAACUCAGAAUAAUUCAACGCUGAACGCAGACGGAAUAGAAACUGUUGCAGAAGUUUUGAAAUUGGCAGAAGAGAAAAAUUCAGUGGAAGAAAAACGUCGAAUUCAGUAUGAACUUCUAGAGAGAGAACAACGUGAGCGUGAAAUGCGAAAAGCUAAGCUGGCUUCUAUUAUGAGCCGAACACGCGGUGGUACGCCUUCAGUGACCAUAGUCCCGCCAAUUUUGAAUAUUGAGAAUUCUAAAAUUGAAGCUCCGAAACAUAGGACUGUUCCUUUAUCGAAUGAAUGUACUCCACUGAAAAAUGCUCUCAGUCAUACGACGGCUUCUGUUCUGCAGAAGCUAGCUACAACAAACCCCAAAUUGUUAUCUGUGCUACAGCGCAACGGCUCCAAUCAGUCAUUAGCUGAUGAAUUGUCUGCAGCUGAUCCGUCGAUGUCAAUAACACUUCCAGGUCAACCUGUUGAGUCGAUUGCCACUCACGAAGGCUCUUCUACAGUGCGGCACUUGCCCUUUGAGCCCGAUGUUAAUCAUCGACCUGUUGCUAUGAAAUAA